UUCUAUUUCCCCUACAAAUACAAUCCUCAUUCUCUGUUUUAUAUAAACUAUCUAUUGCUCACACAACACACUACCACUGUCACACCAAAACACCCUCUGUUUGUUCUUGUUAGUUUUCUCAGAUACUUGUCUUCUCGAAAUUCGUUAGUUCAUCUCUUUGCUGUGUCACUGUCUCCAUUACUUGUGUGUGUCUCUUAGUUAAAUGUAGCUGCCUUCAAUCUCUUCUUGUUCUUUUUCUUCUUCUUCUUUGGUUGGCUUCAAUCUGCUCUUACUCUUUUCUUAGUGUCCUUGCAGAAAGAUGUAAUUUUGAUUUUAAUUUAAGCUACCCUUUUUCUGUUCAAUUAAUGUUCAAAUCCUCAAAAGUGUUUUGAACGAACCCCAACACGGUCUCAGUCAUGGACUCUCGUUAAGCUUCCCAGAAACCCUUCUGUUCAGUGCUUCUAAACUAUAGCGAAUGCAGGUUGUGAUAAUGGGGUUUCGUUAGUUGUGCUGGAUUGCCCUCCAUAGCUAUACCUUCUGAACUGAUUUGAUUAACCUGAGAGUUUGUCUAAAGUGUACCAUGUAACUGUUUUUGCUACCAAUCUGCUUCUACUUGAUUUGUUUCUGUAAGUUUCAUCUUCUUUGGUAGCAAAUGGAGGGUUUUUGCUGUAUUUCCCGUUAGACGGGUGGUUUUGAAUCUAGGCUUUGUCAUGGCUGAACGCUAGUCUUCACUUUCAGCUUUCUGGGGAGUUGUUAUUGACUGUUAAAGAAAUUCGAUGAUACUCUGAGUUUCUCUUGGAUAUGUAACUCAAGUUCCUUUUGUUCAAUUACUGACUCCUUCUUUUGUCAUUCAUUACAAUAUAACACAAAGGUUCUUCAUAUAUUCUUUGAAAUGUAAAUUCCUAACUCUAUUCAUUUAUUCAUUUUCUUCCUGAUGUGCUCAACAAUCAACAAUUGUUCCAGUUUUUCUUUGAGGAUGAUAUGUAGGAUUCUGGUCUCCCUGCCCGGAGUUGUAUUAGUAUUUCCACAUAUGCAGCUUUAAUCUCUAUUUUACCUCUAGAGCUCUCUUAAAGUGUGUCAGUAUCUUCUUAUUACAUAUUUUCCUUCUUUGUUCUUUCAUCUCCCAUAAACCAAGACUUAAGAUCAAUAUUAAUUCCUUGGUACUCUAAGAAUUUCAUGGAAGAAACAUUUGUUCCCUUCCGUGGGAUUAAGAAUGACCUCAAAGCAAGACUUUUGUGCUACAAGCAAGAUUGGACUAGUGGACUGCGAGCGGGUGUCAGGAUCCUUGCCCCCACUACCUACAUAUUUUUUGCUUCAGCAAUUCCUGUUAUUUCUUUUGGGGAGCAACUGGAAAGAAGUACAGAUGGAACUCUCACUGCUGUGCAAACUCUUUCAUCAACUGCUCUAUGUGGUGUUAUCCACUCAGUCAUUGGAGGGCAGCCUCUACUCAUACUAGGUGUAGCUGAACCAACAGUUCUGAUGUAUACAUUUAUGUACGACUUUGCGAAGGAUCGAAAGGAUUUGGGACACCAGCUUUUCCUGCCUUGGACUGGAUGGGUGUGUGUUUGGACUGCCCUUUUGCUCUUCUUGCUGGCCAUUCUUGGUGCAUGCUCCAUAAUCAAUAGAUUCACGCGCCUUGCUGGUGAACUAUUUGGUCUGCUAAUUGCAAUGCUCUUUAUGCAGCAGGCUAUAAAGGGACUUGUGGAAGAGUUUGGGUCACCCAAGACCCAGAGAGAAGGUACCGAUCAGAUGGCACUCCCAUCCUCUUGGCUGUUUGGCAAUGGAAUGUUUGCUUUGGUUUUGUCAUUUGGCCUUCUUUUCACUGGUCUAGGAAGCCGUAAGGCUAGAUCCUGGCGUUAUGGGACAGGUUGGCUGCGGGGAUUAAUAGCUGAUUAUGGAGUUCCCCUAAUGAUUCUCCUAUGGACUGCUGUGUCUUACAUACCAGUCAAUAAGGUUCCGAGGGGAAUCCCUAGGCGACUUUUCAGUCCAAACCCAUGGUCUCCUGGUGCAUACUCAAAUUGGACUGUUGUCCAGGAAAUGUUGAACGUGCCUCCUAUGUACAUUAUUGGAGCUUUUAUACCAGCAACUAUGAUUGCUGUGCUUUACUACUUUGAUCACAGUGUUGCAUCACAACUCGCGCAGCAGAAGGAGUUCAACCUAAGAAAACCCUCAUCUUAUCAUUAUGACUUGUUACUCUUGGGCUUUUUGACCAUAUUAUGUGGGCUUAUUGGAAUACCUCCUUCCAAUGGUGUCAUUCCACAAUCUCCAAUGCAUACAAAGAGCUUAGCUACUCUAAAACAACAGCUUUUACGGCAUAGGCUUGUAUCAACUGCAAAACAAAGCAUGCAGAAAAAUAUGAACCUGAGUCAGUUCUACCAAAGUAUGAAAGAGGCAUAUGAUGUAAUGCAGACUCCAUUGGUUCCCCAAAUGCCACCGACCUCGGGGCUGAAAGAGCUGAAGGAAUCUACCAUAGCACUAGCUUCAAGUCAAGGAUACAUUGACGCCCCUGUUGAUGAGAUCGUCUUCGAUGUGAAUAAGGAUGUUGAUGACCUUUUGCCAGUCGAAGUUAAAGAGCAGCGCGUCAGCAAUCUACUGCAGGCAUUAAUGGUUGGGGCUUGUGUUGCUGCUAUGCCUCUUUUGAAGAAGAUACCAACUUCAGUGCUUUGGGGUUAUUUUGCCUUCAUGGCAAUUGAAAGCUUGCCAGGAAAUCAGUUUUGGGAGAGAAUAUUGUAUCUUUUCACAGCUCCAAGUAGAAGAUACAAACUGCUGGAGGAGCAUCAUGCCACCUUUGUUGAGACUGUGCCCUUGAAAGCAAUUGCCUUAUUUACUUUGUUCCAAACAUUUUACUUGCUUCUUUGCUUUGGCUUAACGUGGAUACCAAUUGCUGGGGUCCUUUUCCCAUUGUUAAUCAUGCUUCUCGUCCCGGUCCGGCAAUAUUUUCUUCCCAAGUUUUUCAAAGGAGCCCAUCUUCAAGAGUUGGAUGCAGCAGCAUAUGAGGAAGCACCUGCCAUUGCUUUCAACAUGUCCUUUGAAGAUCCAAGUAGCCACGGAACUACAGUGAAUAUCAGUGGUGGGGAAAUUCUUGAUGAAAUCAUUACAAGGAGUCGUGGCGAGAUACGUCGCACUCAAAGCCCCAAAACAUCAAGUUCAACUCCAAUUUCUACAGGAGAUAUAAGGCCUGCUAAUAGCCCUCUGAGUAAUGGUACUGAGAGGGGAAAGCGGCCUACGAGCAACUUUGAAGGAGAUAAAGUUAAUACAAAAUCCUAGUCCACGACCAUCAACUCUUGAACAAGAUAUCAAUUGUUCACCUUCUAGCUAAAAUGGAUUGUUCUGUAGGUUCUUCAGAACUGAUUAUAGUAGUAGUGAGUGAUGCUCUAGAGGUCAUGAGUUUGUGACAAAAUGUCAUCGUUUAGAUGACUCUCUUUGUUUUAGUUUAACCUCUUACCAAUAGAGUUUGUUGUUCAACUGCAUUGUUCUUUACAACAUAAAAUGGGCAGGGAUAUUUUCAA